CGCGAAGCCGGGACGGAGGAGGACAAUCCGCCUUUGGGCCCUCCACCGGGCCCUGCACCGGGCCCUCCACCGGGCCCUUUCGCGGCCCCACCUGCGGGCCCUGCACCAGAGGGCCCAGCAGCAAGCCCUUUCGGUGCCGCCGCGGCUGCAGGGGCUUCCACCAACCCGUUUGGCCCACCCACGGCCUUUGGUGGAACCACGAAGGCCCCCGUGAACCCAUUCGCACCACGUGCAGUUACAGGUGCGCCAAAUCCCAAUGCGCCCAAGGGAUUCAGGGAGAGUGCGCGAAAACAAGUUGCGAAGAAGAAGGCUCAAGAGAAGAAGAAGCCAUCACCUUAUGCCGCAUCGUCUUAUGGAAAAAACCAGGGCAAUUUGGAUGACAUGACGGACCCCGAGGGUGCCGGCGAUGCCGGAGAGAUCUGCUUUGUCUCAGCGGCGGCCAAGGAGCGACAGGAGACGCCCCCCCCACCUCCUCAAGCUGAACCGGAG